ACCUUCGAAAUCACACUGCUGGAAUGAGGCUCAUGACUUUAACACAAAGAAUGAAACUUAAGGAGUUUAUGCAGAAAGAUAAAUUUUGGGCUUUUUAGAGCAAAGGCAAAGAUAAACAAAUAGAAUGGUAUCGGGUCGGGUCGGGUCGGGUGUGGUGAAGUCAACGGCAUGAUUUCUUCUUCCGCAGCACACAAAAAAGAAGAAGAAUUGGAUCCAAAUUAGUACACCACCAUCAUCCAGUCUAGCCCACUACAAAGAGAAAUCAGAUCAUGGCGUCCACGACGCUGUUCACGGCGGUGUUUGUUCUGGAUUUCGUAGCUUUCCUGCUUGCUCUCGCUGCAGAGCAGACCCGAAGUACCGCUAAGGUUGUGAUUGACAGCAAAUACGACUACUACUACUGCGUCUACGAUUCCAACAUCGCAACGAUCUUGGGAGCUGCCGCCUUCGGCCUGCUACUCGCCGGUCAGUUCCUCACCUGCUUCUUCCUCAACAGAAACGCUUCCAACAAGCACCGCUGCCGCGCAGUCCUUUCCGCCGCGAUCUGCUGGACUGCAUUUCUGGGGGCAGAGGCUUGUUUGCUGGUGGGUUCGGUGAAGAAUGCGCAGCGGACCGAUUACAGGUUCAUAUUCACGGAAGAUGCUCGUUGUGAGACCCUGAGAUUUGGGGUUUUUCAGGGUGGAGCGGCUUUCAUUAUGGUCUCCAGCUUUGCUUCCAAGUUGAAUGGCUGCUGGUCGGAGGAGGAGGAGGAGGAGGAAGGCGCCGGAGCCGGCGGCGAUUUGGGAGCCUAUACUCCGAUCUGAGUUUGUUUCUGUACGCUGCGUUUUAUGUGUAUUCGUCCAGCUGUAACGUAUGAAUUAAGUGAAGUGCACGUUCUCCUUCCCUCUCGAGUUGGAUUAAGAAAUUCUUGAAUUGAUUCGAAAUUGAUGAUGCUGCCGUGUUGACUCCUAAUUGGUUUUCACGUUCCUAAUUACUUUGCUUUUUCUCUUCUAUGCGGCUCCACGUUAUAUGUAACUGUAACGCAGU